GGGAAGCUCCAGCGGUCGGCUCGCCUUUCUCCGCUGCUGCUGGUUGGAUAGUUUCAAUAAAAGUCUUUUUUCUCGCUCGCUCGCUCGCUCUUCUCCGGGGAACAGGCGGAGGCGUCAAGCCGCAGCCGCUGAGUGAGAAAGCGACGCACACGCAGUGAACGAAAACGGCCGCCUGCGGUCUUCUCGGCUCUCCAGAGUCCGGCCCCAGAGCCCCGGGAGAAGAAGGAGCAAGCGCCCGGGCGGGCCACCUCAGCCCAGCAUCGGCGCCUCCCUGCGCGCCUCGCUGCCGCCCGGACUUCUCCGAGGGGGAUUAGUGGGCCGCCCGCACGGCUCGGCGGCCUGGGAGCCAUGUUGUUCAGGGGGCUUGGUAACGCGUGAGGGACCCGCGGCCCCUCCCCGGCGGCCCCGGACUCUCGGCGAGAGCCAGAAGGCGGCGGCGGCGAAGGCCUGCGCCUCGGAGGCGCCUCGGUCUGCGGGCCACUGGGACCCGGACCUGCAUCCGGUCGCCGCGGGCGUCGGCAGAGCGGCUUUCCCUCGGCGCCUCGCCUCGGGACGCGGCCCCCGUACUUGCUGGAUUUUUCAAGCCACAUUAAAUUGAUAGGAUGAAAAAAUUUAAGAGGAGGCUGUCCCUCACACUUCGAGGAAGUCAGACUAUUGAUGAAUCAUUGUCUGAAUUGGCCGAACAAAUGACUAUUGAAGAAAGCAGCAGCAAGGAUAAUGAGCCUAUUGUGAGGAAUGGCAGGCCUCCAGCAUCUCACAGUAUGCAUUCCUUCCUCCACCAGUACACAGGCUCUUUCAAGAAGCCCCCAUUGCGGAGACCACACAGUGUCAUUGGAGGAAGCCUUGGCUCCUUCAUGGCAAUGCCCAGAAAUGGAAGCAGAUUAGAUAUUGUUCAUGAGAAUCUAAAAAUGGGAUCAGAUGGUGAGAGUGACCAAGCUUCUGGGACAUCAUCUGAUGAAGUCCAGUCCCCCACAGGGGUUUGUCUCAGAAAUCGUAUACAUAGACGGAUCUCAAUGGAGGAUUUAAAUAAGCGGUUAUCACUGCCUGCAGAUAUCAGAAUACCUGAUGGAUAUCUUGAGAAGUUGCAAAUAAACAGUCCACCAUUUGAUCAACCAAUGAGCCGACGGUCUCGUAGAGCUUCCUUAUCAGAAAUUGGGUUUGGGAAAAUGGAAACCUACAUCAAAUUGGAAAAACUUGGAGAGGGUACCUAUGCAACGGUGUAUAAAGGAAGAAGUAAAUUGACAGAGAAUUUGGUGGCAUUAAAAGAAAUCCGAUUGGAACAUGAAGAAGGUGCACCUUGCACAGCUAUAAGAGAAGUUUCACUAUUAAAGGAUCUAAAACAUGCAAAUAUAGUUACAUUACAUGACAUUGUUCACACGGAUAAAUCUUUGACACUGGUCUUUGAAUAUCUGGAUAAAGAUCUAAAACAGUACAUGGAUGACUGUGGAAACAUUAUGAGUAUGCACAAUGUAAAGCUGUUUUUAUACCAAAUUCUACGUGGUUUGGCAUAUUGCCACAGAAGAAAGGUGUUGCACAGAGACUUGAAACCACAGAACCUCCUCAUUAAUGAAAAAGGAGAAUUAAAGCUAGCAGAUUUUGGACUAGCCAGAGCCAAGUCAGUUCCCACAAAGACCUACUCAAAUGAAGUUGUUACACUAUGGUACCGGCCACCUGAUGUGCUUCUUGGUUCCUCAGAGUACUCAACACAGAUUGACAUGUGGGGUGUUGGUUGCAUUUUCUUUGAAAUGGCUUCUGGAAGACCUCUGUUUCCAGGAUCAACUGUGGAAGAUGAAUUACACUUAAUUUUCCGACUGCUAGGAACUCCAUCUCAGGAAACUUGGCCAGGUGUGUCUUCAAAUGAUGAGUUCAAGAACUACAACUUUCCAAAAUAUAAACCACAGCCUCUAAUUAACCAUGCACCCAGGUUAGAUUCUGAAGGAAUUGAGUUGAUAACAAAAUUUCUUCAGUAUGAAUCUAAGAAAAGGGUUUCAGCAGAAGAGGCCAUGAAACAUGUAUACUUUCGGAGUCUGGGACCAAGAAUACAUGCUUUACCUGAAAGUGUAUCAAUAUUCAGUUUGAAAGAGAUUCAGUUGCAAAAGGACCCGGGUUUUCGAAAUUCUUCUUAUCCAGAGACAGGACAUGGGAAGAACAGAAGACAGAGCAUGCUCUUUUAAGUCUGAUAACAUGGUUUCAAGCCCAGCCCCCCAGCCUUUCUUAUCAAUCAAGGACUCAGAUCUGAAGGCAGUUAUUUCUUUUGGUGGACUUGGAAUCUUCGUUUGUCUACACUGUCUUCUUCACAGUGGAGUCUUUUUAUUUCAGACCUAUAGAUUGUUUUUAUAUUUGUUGUCACAGUGUGACAAUUUUUUUUUUUUGUACAGUUGGUUUUAAGGUUUCCUCUGCCAUUAGAGCCAGUAGGUUACAGCUAUUGAUGUAACUGUAGCUGCAAUUUUUGUGCAGAACUGAGAAACACAGUGCAUUAUUUAUUGUGGAAUCAUUGCUGCUAAAUAACUACUGUCUGUUUAUUUAACACAACAGUUAAAUGCCUGAAGAAGUUGCAGUGGCUUUACUAUAUGUGAAUGCAUCUGUUUCUCCUCACAAAUUGUUUUUCUGCUGCAUUUUUGUUUUUAAAAUUAAACUGCAGUGUGUCCUGGAAUGUAAAUCUAGCUUUGCUUAACAGUAAAAUAAGUGAGCCAUCUUGAACACUCUGAGUUCAUGAUAUAUAAUUUCUUAUUGAACAUUGGCAAAUAGAGUAGCUCAGAGAUUGAUAAGCACAUUAUUUUUAGGAAAGCAUGAGAUGCAGAAAUUGAUUCAAGCAAGUGAAUACCUGAUAUUUUGGAGAUCCCCACCUUAGACACCAGUAAAUUAAAACACCCAAAUAAUUUAUUUUUAUCUAUUACAUAUUACUGGAUAUUUGUAUACUAAUACACUUGCCUAAUUUUACAUUGUGUUUUAAUUCAGUUAAAACUAAACCAUACAAGUCCAGACAAUAUGAAAGGUCUUGUUUUUGUUUGUUUUAAAUACAUUUCUUUUAUUAGGAAGGAUGGUAUUUCAUUGGGUGGCAAUUUAUUUUUCAUUUGGGAGUUGUAUAUGUGUUUUAAUAGCACUUACUUGGAAUCAACAGUAAACUAUAAAAUGUCUUUGUAAUGAGCCAUGAUGAACUUCAAAUGAGAGAAAUGAGAACUUAGAGGAUUAAUGUUUUAAAGGAUUAUAGGUAUUCUGUUUACCAGAGAUAGUAAAUAUUAAAGUUUUGAUUAUGCAUCUCUUCGGACAUCAUAAACACACCUUGGUAUUGGUAACAGUGUUUUAAGAAUUUGUGUUCACUUUUAAGGACUAUUUGUUUAGUGCAUCUUAUAAACUAUAUAUCUUAAUUGGUAUAUUUUGAAAUGGUCAUGUAAAUUUUUGACUUAUAUAUCAUGAAAAUAGUCAUAACUUAAUUUUUCCUGACAUUCACUGAAAAACAUUCAGGGGUCCUACCAUUUCUCUUCAGGAACUCUUGUAGUUUAUUGUUGUUAUUUAACAGUAUUAAGUGAGUUUUUGUAUAUUUCACUUGAACUUUAUUUGUGAAUAGUGACUGUGGCAUGUUUCGGGGUGUUUUAAUAUUUCAUGAUACUGAAAUUCUAAUUUUUUAAAUUAAAAAUUCUGGAAGGAACAGAUUCAUGUCUAAUGAUGAAUAUUGGACCACUACUGCUUUUCACAUUUGUAAAUUGGUUUUAUGUUAAACCCUGUAGCCUAACAAACUGCUGUUAUUUUUAACUGACAGACAUGUAUUAAUAUUGUAUUUUGAAGGUUAUAAAUACUAUGUGGAAAUUCCUCCAUUUUGUUUUGAAAUUUAUAAUAACAAAAUCUCCAUGUUGUUAAAAAGUAGUUUUGUUGAGUCACAGUUCUUUCUUGGGGAAGAACGCUGUGCAGAAAGGGAUCUUUUUCUUGUUUUAGGUCUUGGACACUACUGGCAUAAUGAAGUCUAACUGUGCCAGUAGUGAUAUCUAAUUUAUAUUUGUGAUGGCCAUUUGUUCAGUAAUCUCUGCUGUGAUUUUAUAAGAUAGCACUCUCAAUGAUAAAUUGUCAGGUUAUUUAUUAUUUUAUAGGAUAUGUAUAUAUAACAUAUGGUUGGUUUAUUGCAAAUUUGACAUAGUUAUCCAUAAAUUUGAUUCUUGAAUAUGAAGGCAAAGAAAUAUAUCCAGUAAUUAUAUAAAAAUUAUGCUCCCUAGAAAAUCCUAGGGAUGCUUCUUCAUUUUAUUAAGGAAUUUAGUAAGCAAACAAGGGAGUUUUGACACUUAGGCACCAUUCAGUUUCUGAAAACUUUGCAGUGGACCUUGAACAUAUAGGAUUCAUCUCAAACUGACAAGGUACCUAGAGGUAAGAGACAAUGCCUUUUUUGUUUUCCUUGCAAGUGGUGUUUGUAACACACAUUGAACGUGUGUCAUUCUAGGUGUCCCGAAGUGACUGCAUUCUGUUUGGUGAUUUAGCAGCUUACGUUUGAAAGACUACUUGUUAACAUGUUAUAAUAGUCUAUCUUUUAGACUUUAAGAUUAUUCACAUGGUUUUAUCCCCAAAUGUAAUCCCUUUGAACUUAUUUUUAAUGUCAGUGGCUUUAUUUUUUAAAUAUUCUAAUCUAGUUUCUUACAUUGAUUCCUUUCUUUUUGAUUGACCAGUUCAUCUAUAUCAAAACAUUAACUGGGAACCCAAGCUCAUGAGCGGGCUGCUGAAGAAUUUCCAUACAUUUUUCUGCGCCAAACUUGAAUCUUCGGAGCUUUCAAUGUAUUGUUUGAGACCCAAGGAAAGGCACAAUGUUUUUCCCUCUUGUUCAGUCACAAAACUAGAACUUAUUUGCUAAUAUUAAGUUCAUAUUCUUGUGUUUAGAUAGGCAUAAAUUUCCCUCAGUUACCAUCAGACCUAGCUUUAAUUAAUAAUCACUUCUGCCACUGACCCAGAGAAGACCACUGAAAUAUUCACACCAAUUUUCUAUUAAAAGAUUAAAACAGGAAGAACAUGACCAAGUGACUGAAUAACAAGUUGCUCUGAUUAGAAAAGAUCAUAAAAUUUUGAUCUCUGAUGAUGCAGAGGACUUCUCAUUGGUGGCUUCUUCCCAUGAGAAGUAGGAAAAUUCAAUCCAUAUGGAAAAACCAAUAAUUCUCAGAGGCUGCUACUUUAGAUCAGAGACUGUAAACUAAACCUCUCUUAAGCAGAAUGGGUGUGCAUGUGUGAGAGACAGACAUGUGUGGAGUGUAGGAAUAUGGUGGCUGCUUCUGCCGCUUUCUUCUGCCUGAGCCCUUACUGCAGAGGUCCUGAGAUCGAGAUCAUGAAGAUGAGCAUGAGGAAGUAGCUGAUGCCAUCGGUUACAAUGCAGCUCUUUCUAGGAAGUGGGAAAGCUCAGCAUAUCUGCCAGUAGUCUCAUAUGCUCACAAAAGGAUGAUUCCAUUGGGCUCUGGUUCAGGCAUGGAAUUGCAGUGAGUAUCGCCUUAGGAUUUGUGCAACAGGCUCUCAGGAUUCUCUUGAGCCCUUCCUAGAACAGGGCUAGUGAAAACAUUGCCAUAAAAUCUUCAGCCAUUUUUCCAACGGUAUUGACAGUACUUCCACAUUCUCACAGCCAAAUAGGCUAUAGUUAUCUUCUUUGUGUUAUUUUCUCUCCCAUGGUUGUGUGAGGCUGAGGUGAUUGGUUAAGGAAGGGGUGAUGCGGUGCUGUUGGGGGCCAUGUAGCUCACAUGGAAAAUCACCACGAUUGCUUUAGAGGCCCAGUCCUGUCAUUGUGCUAUUCACAGAACUAGAGCUUAUCAUCCUUUCAUGAAGUCCCUUCCUCUCUUUUGAAUUUAGCAUUUAAAUUCUAGUGCUACUAGUUUCUAUAUUAUUGUCAUAUAUGGUGAUGAGCUAUAGGCUUUGUUCUCAGGGUAAAUGUAAGCAUACUGAUCUUUGAGUUCUCAAUGUUUUUUCUCUUGCCUAACCUCUUCAGAUAUCCUCUUUUCUCUGCCUGGACCACUCUUUUCUUCCAUCCCUCUUCUCUUUGCCUCCCUUACUCAUUCUUCAGGUCUCAGUUAUUAUUUCUUCUAGAAAGCCUUUCUUAACCUCCCCCCACAUACCCUAACUCUACCAUCAGACUGACUGAAGUGCCCUGUACUUAAACUGCCUUUUUUCCCUGAAACCUCGUCACACCUAUCCUUGUUAACAGCAUACUUCUUUCCCCUCACUUCACCAUAAGCUCUGUGAAGGAAAGGACUGUCUUGUCCACUUCUAUAUUCUUGAAUCAUUAAAUACUUGAGUGAAUUAAAAUGCAUGCAUGAAGCGAUCCUUCUUGUCUCUUCUCUAUGAAUGAAUCAAAGACAAAUUCAGAAGUCAAAAAUUGGUGAUAGAAAAUAAACAUUUUCUUCCUAGCAGGCUAAAAUAUGUGACUCUUUUGAAACUUAACUAACAUAAUCAAGUGGUUCUCUCUACGCACACAUCUAUACACCUGACUGAGGGUGGGGUAAGGUAGGAUAGGACUGGGAAUAAAAUCGAAACUGGAGAAAUCUAGGUAGGGCCAGUUGUCCAAUGACUAAGAAUCUGCUCUCAAAACAGUGAUAGUAGCAAACAUGUAUUUAAUGUUUAUGUGUGUCAGGUACUUAUUCUAUGUGAAGAUGUCUACUAGUUCAAAUUCUUUUGAGGCACUGUAGAUUAAGAUCAUCUCCAGUGUCAAAAUGCUAGGUUUGAAAUCUGGAUAGUUCUAUGACCUUGAGCAAAUUACUUAGCCCCUCUGGGCCUUAAUUUCCGCACCUGUAAAAUAGGAUAUUGUAGUAUUUCCCUCAUAAUUUGUUGGAAGGAUUAAAAAUCAUAAGAUACAUUUAGAACAGUGCCUGCUAGCACAAAAUGGGUGUUUAUAAAUGGUUGUUCUUAUUAACUGAAAUUAUAUCAUUUAUUGAUUAAAUAGUAAUUAAAAAUAUUACCUAGAGACCUGACUCAUGUGGGAGUGGGUAACUAGACAGUGUAUUCUUCUGUGCUGAUUUUACAGGUAGGGCCAUACAAUUUCGGAUAAUAUGAUAAAAGGCAGCGAGGGCAUGUGUGAGAGAUACCUGUGUAUAUUUAAGCGUAAAAGGGCAUUUUACAAAACUAAUGUCUGUUACAUGUAACUAAGGUCUGUUACAUAGAGCUAACAGUAAGAUAUUAGCUUCUUGAGAACAGGGAUCAGAUUUCCAUUUUCCAUUCCUGAAAUGGUACCUGGUUCAUAGUUGGUUCUCAUAUGUUUCUUCAAUAAAUGAAUGAUUUCCUACCA